AGGAGACAGGAGGCUUCAAGACUGACCCUGCUGAGAGCCCCUGAGAUACUGAACUCUAUGAGCGGAGACCACUUAACUGCACUCAGCACCUUUCAGGAUCAGGCUCUAGGAAAUGGUCAGAGGAGUGAAAGGAGCAUCACCUCUUUGAAACAAAAUCAAGGGUAUUGGGCACUAAAUGAGAAUAUGGCCAAUGGCAUUGAAGAUCUUAUCGGGAUCCCAUUCCCGAACCACAGCAGCGAGGUCCUGUGUGGCUUAAACGAGCAGCGGCACGACGGGCUCCUCUGCGAUGUCAUCCUCAUCGUCCAGGACCAGGAGUACCGCACCCACCGCUCCGUCCUGGCUGCCUGCAGCAAGUACUUCAAAAAACUCUUCACUACCGGCACUUUAACAGACCAGCCCUAUGUUUACGAGAUUGACUUUGUCAAGCCUGAAGCACUUUCUGCCAUCCUCGAGUUUGCCUACACCUCAACCCUCACCAUCACCACCUCAAACGUCAAGCACAUCCUCAGCGCCGCCAAGAUGCUGGAGAUCCAGAGCAUCAUCAACGUAUGCCUUGAAAUUAUGGAGCCCGACAGAGAGGCCGAGGAGGAAGAUGACAAAGAGGACGACGAUGAUGAUGAAGACGAAGAUGAAGAUGAGGAGGAAGAGGAGGAGGAGGAAGAUGACAAAGAGGACGACGAUGAUGAUGAAGACGAAGAUGAAGAUGAGGAGGAAGAGGAGGAGGAGGAAGUGGAAGAUUUUGUCAAUCAGGAGAACCUAGCUGAUGUACAAGAAGUAAGCUGCCACCAAAGCCCUUCUGAGUCCGAUCUUACCGAAGAAGCUUAUACAGAAGCACCUAAAGAUUUUCCAAAUCACUUCCCAGCCAGUAACUCCUCUGGACACUUGGGCAUGAUACGAGACUUCUCCAUAGAGUCCUUGCUGAGUGAAAACUUGUACCCUAAGGCAAACAUCCCAGAACGGAGGCCAGCUCUGUCUCCUUUCACCCCCAGCUUCUUCCCCCACCUGUGGAACGGCGACUUUAACUCCUUCUCCCAGCUCGAGGAGCCACAAGUAGACAACGGCCCCUUGGAUCUGGUGAUCAAAAAGAGGAAGAUCAAAGAAGAGGAGGAGAAGGAAGACCUGCCUCCGCCUCCUUUCCCUAAUGACUUCUUCAAGGACAUGUUUGCCAACACCCCAGCAGCUCCCUUAGGGCAUAUUAAGGCAGAGGCUGACUACAGCGCUUAUCUCAAUUUCUUAAGUGCUACCCAGUUUGGAGGAGUUUUUCCCCCAUGGCCCCUGGAGGAAGAGAGGAAAAUAAAGCCCAAGGCAUCCCAGCAGUGUCCCAUCUGUAACAAAGUCAUCAUGGGAGCUGGCAAGCUGCCCAGGCACAUGAGGACCCACACGGGGGAGAAGCCCUAUAUGUGCAAUAUCUGUGAAGUUCGCUUUACCAGGCAGGACAAGCUCAAAAUCCACAUGCGGAAGCACACGGGGGAGCGGCCGUACCUGUGCAUCCACUGCAACGCCAAGUUCGUGCACAACUACGACCUGAAGAACCACAUGCGCAUCCACACGGGCAUCCGGCCCUACCAGUGCGAGUUCUGCUACAAGAGCUUCACCCGCUCCGACCACCUGCACCGCCACAUCAAGCGCCAGAGCUGCCGCAUCGCGCGGCCCCGGCGCGGCCGCAAGCCGGCGGCGUGGCGGGCGGCCGGCCUGCUCUUCGCGCCCGGCGGCCCGCCCGUGGAGAGCAGCUUCGUGAUGCCACCCACGCUGGAGGAGAUGAGCAGCCACCUCAGCAGCACGGCCAUGUGCCUUCCCGGCCCCAGCCCCAAACACUUCCUGAGCGGGGCCAAGACGCCCUUCAGCCUGCAGGAGCUGGAGAGCCAAAUUGAAGAAACCCAGAUGAAGCUCUUCAGGCGCGCACAGAUGGACAUGGAGAGGAACGCGGGCAUCUUCGCCUUUGCCCUGGGCCACAAUGAAAACCUCGCUGCCCAGCCCUUCUUCCCUCUCCCUGACCCUUGGAGCACAGGCUUCAGUGGCUUGGCAGGGCUUGGCCACGUGGCUCCCAUCUCAGAGUCCAGCAACUAA